AUGGCCCAUAUCUCAGCCACUGCGGAACAGGGUACCUACAGAUUUCAUGUUUCCAAGGGUCUCGCCGGGAACACCCUUGUAACCCUAACCAUCAUCCACUCUGUCCCUCAAGAUGUCAAUGCCUACAACAUAUCCCUCUUCCCUCAAGACCUCCUCAAGCUCUACCACCCAGAGCUGACCCUGCAACUCAUCAGCCAUGCCCCCACCCCCAUCAUCAAGGACAACGCCUACUUCAAGGACUGGGUCUACUUUGCCCAAGCUGCCAGCCUCUUCAAGUUCAAUCCCUCCCUCAAGCAACCUCUCCUCAAGGCCAUGAUGGACAGCCACCUCAUCAUCAAGCCCUCAACCUUCCCCCUGGCCCUCAUCAAAGGCAAGCAAACCAUCACUGUCGGCCAGCUGAUGGACUACCUCAGCCAGAUAGGCUGCAACACCAUCCGCCUCCAAGUCUAUGGCCAGAAGUGGCACCUCCUCACCCUCAAGUCCAACAUCGGAAACCUCAACCACCCACUUGCCCACCUCAACACAUUUGACCUCGGCACCAUGUAUGAUGAUCCACGCAUCACACUUGUCCAACCUGUGCAGUACAGUAACCCCAAGAUGACACUGUACCCCAUGCUUCUUCCCAUUGCCAUGGGCUAUGGCUCAGUCCACAUGGAUAUCGCCCUUGGAAAAGGUGAAAUGUACCAGGUCAAGGCAUACCCACAUCUGGUGCACUGCAUCAAGGCAGAGUCAGGCAAUCAAGCUCUCUGGGCACCAGACACUGUGAGGCGGGCUAGAGUACAACACACCAACCUCAAGAACCAGUUCAAGGCCAUGGAGAUCACACCACGCUCCAUCAUGGGUGGUCUCCACCUCGAGGUCACUGUCACUGCACCCACACUCAUGCUGGCCAAGGACAUCAUCCACAAGACUCCACUCCUCAACCUUGAUGCCUACCUGUAUGACAGACUGGAGCUGUUGCAUCCCUACCAGCUCAGGAUGAUCACCAUCACCAAGGCAGACUACCUGGCCAACCUCAAGCACCUCCUCACCAAGGCAGAGACAGUCAGGGCUUUCAUCGGCAGGGAUGAGUCAAAGCUGCAUGGCAACAAGAAGCAGAUCAUCCUUGACCUCUUCAAUGCCCUGGGAUGGAACACCGGACGCCUCAAGACCACUGCCUUCAAUGCUGCUGAUGCCUGGUGGCUGGAUGAAGAGGACCAAGAGCAGCCUGCUGCUGCACUGGUGCAGGAACCAGAGCCUACCCAUAUCACCCUGAACCACAUCAAGGGUGUGCCAGCCAUGAAGGCACUCUUCACAGCACUCAGGAAGCAGUUGCAAUGCCAUGCCUGCCCUGACCCAGGCUACACAUACACAUGGGAUGGUCAAGCCCAACAGUUCCGAAUCAAGUGCUCAGUGUGUGGCAGAAAGCUGAACCAGUCCCAGGCCAGGGAGCAUAUCCUCCAGCUUGUUACCCAGGAUGAGUUGAUCUUGCCAGAGGAGUUCCUGCCAGCCCCUGCCGAGUCAACUUGGUCUCCCUCCCCAGCUGAGCCAAUCACCACAGUGGAGCGUCUGCCCACUCCAGAGGCUCCAGCUGCCACCACCACCAUGCAGCUGCAUUCCAAGAUGGUCCAGGACCCUACAACAGCCAUGCAGAUGUCUUUGGAGAUCCCCUGGGUGCCCAUGCUCAACACUAUUGUCCCAAUGGAUGGUAUGGUGGAGGUACCACAUCUACCAAGGGUCAAGCGGUCCACCACAAUCAAGCCAGAUGGUAACUGUCUUUUUAGGGCUGUCAGCUACCAUGUCUAUGGUACUCAGGACCACCACAUGGAGGUCAGGAAAGAUGCAGUGGAGUGGCUCCAUAGCCAACCAUACUUGGUGGCCACCUUUGCUGCAGAGGGUAGUGGUCACCUUGGACCUGGUGCCUGGCUGGACCAGAUGGCCAAGGAAGGCACCUGGGGAGAUGAGCUCGCCCUUCUGGGACUCGCAGAGGCACACCACUGCAGCCUGUGGGUGUACUCUGACCAGCAUGACCUCCACACCACCUACCCAGGUGGAGCUGGUGGACCAUACCAGGGGCUCAUCCACCUGGGUGGCAACCACUAUGAGAUCCUGAGCUUGUGA